UGUGAUCGAUGAUCCAUUCUAACCCCGAGAAAGAGGAGACGAUGGGCAUCGAUGUCACGAGUGUAUCGCCUCGCUUAGAGGAUCGCGAAAGCGAGAAGAGGACGGUGAUGAUAUCAAGGUACAAAGAAUGCAUGAAGAACUACGCAGCGUCGAUGGGACGGCACGCGACAGACGGGUGUGGAGAGUUCAUGCCUUGUGAAGACCCAUCCUCGGAUUCCUACAAGUGCUCGGUCUGUGGAUGCCACCGCAACUUCCACAGGAAAGAAAUCCAGUGUUCAGACUGCUCGUACUCGUCUUUUACUCAACAUAAUUGCCACCAUGCUCAAUUUCCUUCAGCACUUUUCGACAGAAGCGACCAUCAUGCAAAUGGGCUAUCGACACAUUCACAUUACAACAUCUUGAGGUGCCCUAACAAGUCAGGUAGCUCAGAUUAUAAUGAAGAGCAAGACGGACAAGAGAAGGAGGUUGCACCGAAGCAAAAGAGGAGAAUCAGGACGAAAUUCACGCAAGAGCAAAAGGAUAAGAUGCAAAGUUUCGCGGAGAAAGCCGAGUGGAGGAUGCAGAAGCUGGACGCGUCGACUGUGGAGCUGUUUUGCCAGGAGAUCGGGAUCGAAAGGAGGGUCCUUAGGGUUUGGAUGCACAACAAUAAGUACCAUUUUGCUAAGAAAUCGGAUGAAGCAAACUAGACUCUGUCUAUCAUCUUUUAUCUUGGGGGGUUUUGUUUGUUCCAUCAAAUUCCUGAAAAAUACUUUCUUUUAUGUUUUCCCACUUUGGAUUUUAACUGAAUUGUUUCGCAAG